GGAAUUCCUUUAAUCACAAAGAUACCUUCAAAUAUCAGAAAGCAAUGAAACCUUUAUGUAUCGCAAAAGUAGUUUCAUUAGGAACCAUUAUCUCGAAUUGGCUAAAAACCAUGCUACUUUUAUGCUGCAUUAUUAAAAUCAAACAUUGG